AUGCACACCAAUCAGCUCUCUGGUCCCAUUCCUGUUGAACUUGGGAAUUUGAAGUCUCUCACUGAUCUUGAUGUGUUUGAGAAUCAACUUAAUGGCUCUAUUCCUUCAUCAUUGGGUAAUUUGACAUCUUUGAAUGCCAUUUAUAUGCACAUCAAUCAGCUCUCUGGUCCCAUUCCUGUUGAACUUGGGAAUUUGAAGUCUCUCACUGAUCUUGCUGUGUUUAAGAAUCAACUUAAUGGCUCUAUUCCUUCAUCAUUGGGUAAUUUGACAUCUUUGAAUGCCCUUUAUAUGCACACCAAUCAGCUCUCUGGUCCCAUUCCUGUUGAACUUGGGAAUUUGAAGUCUCUCACUGAUCUUGAUGUGUUUGAGAAUCAACUUAAUGGCUCUAUUCCUUCAUCAUUGGGUAAUUUGACAUCUUUGAAUGCCCUUUAUAUGCACACCAAUCAGCUCUCUGGUCCCAUUCCUGUUGAACUUGGGAAUUUGAAGUCUCUCACUGAUCUUGAUGUGUUUGAGAAUCAACUUAAUGGCUCUAUUCCUUCAUCAUUGGGUAAUUUGACAUCUUUGAAUGCCCUUUAUAUGCACACCAAUCAGCUCUCUGGUCCCAUUCCUGUUGAACUUGGGAAUUUGAAGUCUCUCACUGAUCUUGAUGUGUUUGAGAAUCAACUUAAUGGCUCUAUUCCUUCAUCAUUGGGUAAUUUGACAUCUUUGAAUGCCCUUUAUAUGCACACCAAUCAGCUCUCUGGUCCCAUUCCUGUUGAACUUGGGAAUUUGAAGUCUCUCACUGAUCUUGCUGUGUUUAAGAAUCAACUUAAUGGCUCUAUUCCUUCAUCAUUGGGUAAUUUGACAUCUUUGAAUGCCCUUUAUAUGCACACCAAUCAGCUCUCUGGUCCCAUUCCUGUUGAACUUGGGAAUUUGAAGUCUCUCACUGAUCUUGAUGUGUUUGAGAAUCAACUUAAUGGCUCUAUUCCUUCAUCAUUGGGUAAUUUGACAUCUUUGAAUGCCCUUUAUAUGCACACCAAUCAGCUCUCUGGUCCCAUUCCUGUUGAACUUGGGAAUUUGAAGUCUCUCACUGAUCUUGCUGUGUUUAAGAAUCAACUUAAUGGCUCUAUUCCUUCAUCAUUGGGUAAUUUGACAUCUUUGAAUGCCCUUUAUAUGCACACCAAUCAGCUCUCUGGUCCCAUUCCUGUUGAACUUGGGAAUUUGAAGUCUCUCACUGAUCUUGAUCUCUCUGGUCCCAUUCCUGUUGAACUUGGGAAUUUGAAGUCUCUCACUGAUCUUGCUGUGUUUAAGAAUCAACUUAAUGGCUCUAUUCCUUCAUCAUUGGGUAAUUUGACAUCUUUGAAUGCCCUUUAUAUGCACACCAAUCAGCUCUCUGGUCCCAUUCCUGUUGAACUUGGGAAUUUGAAGUCUCUCACUGAUCUUGAUGUGUUUGAGAAUCAACUUAAUGGCUCUAUUCCUUCAUCAUUGGGUAAUUUGACAUCUUUGAAUGCCAUUUAUAUGCACAUCAAUCAGCUCUCUGGUCCCAUUCCUGUUGAACUUGGGAAUUUGAAGUCUCUCACUGAUCUUGCUGUGUUUAAGAAUCAACUUAAUGGCUCUAUUCCUUCAUCAUUGGGUAAUUUGACAUCUUUGAAUGCCCUUUAUAUGCACACCAAUCAGCUCUCUGGUCCCAUUCCUGUUGAACUUGGGAAUUUGAAGUCUCUCACUGAUCUUGAUGUGUUUGAGAAUCAACUUAAUGGCUCUAUUCCUUCAUCAUUGGGUAAUUUGACAUCUUUGAAUGCCUUUAUAUGCACAUCAAUCAGCUCUCUGGUCCCAUUCCUGUUGAACUUGGGAAUUUGA